AUGCCAUCGCGCUCACGCUCCCCUUCAUCAGAACCUCCCAAUGAACCUCCCAGUGUGGACAUCUACUGGAAGCGGCGGUGUCUAGACAUGGAGCAGAAGCUCAAGAAAAGUGAGCAGAAGAGGAAGAGAGAAGAGCCAGAGGCCUCUGUGAAACAGCUAGGCCGUGGAAUUCCAAAACUUGCAUCCCUCUUUUUAGAAGUUGACGAGAUAGUCCAACACUAUGACAAGCACGAACUUCUAUUGCUUGACGAGCUUGAGGAGUCCAAGUUUGCGGGCAUGAACAACGAGGCAGUGGAGAAGUUGAAGCGUGAUCACAUGGUGUUCAAGGAGAUCGCUCGCCUUGUUCCCAACUUCAAAAAGACUGUUGACAAGUCCAGUCCAGCUGCCCUCAAGAGCCUCUAUGCAGAGGUAAACGGUGCUUUGGACACCCGUGGUGAUGAUGUCAGCAAGCUGAUGCACCAGGUCACCCACUGGUUCAACACGGCUCUCCCCGAAACGCGCCCUCUCUUGGACCCUUUGCUGUGUCCCAUCAAGUACAACUGGGACGAUGAAGAGGUCCGAGCUAAACUUCGUGCUGCGGCACCUGGCUACAACUACAAUGACAAUUUCCUUCUCCUGUGUCUGUUUCAUAACACGAAAGGGUUGGAUGAGGAGUUGCGAGGAUUUCUCAGAAGCCCACUGUUGGUCAAGGUUUUCAAGUUCAUUUUCACUGCCCCAACAUCUUCCCAAUUGGUUGAUCUAACUGCUUCUAGCAGCAACGAAAUUCCCCAAGCCAACAAAACUGUGCAACACUCACGAAACAGUAAAGGGCCUGGUGGUAACAAGAGCAUUGCUAGCAUUCUCAACAUAAAGGCAGUCACCCUGCGCUCGCUAGCUUAUGCUGCGACCCAGCUUGUUUUGGCCUUGUCCAGUGCUCCAAAGUGGACCAUCAAACAUAGCGGAUUCAAUUUUCAAAGCUUCUACAAGUUCAUUAUCAACUACCUGGAGGAUUUCCAAGGGAAUAGAGAACACUGUAAGAAGGUUGAAGACCUUCUUUUGUGGUGGAAUAAGCAAGUUUUCCCUCAUGUUGUCCCUUCGACUGAAUGUGAUGUCAGAGUGAACUCCAUGAAGGCCCUUGAGGAACUCGGAAUGUAG